AUGGGAGGCUGGUUCUCAUCAUUUCUCACUUUGAAGUCAUUGCUAUACCCACCAAAGCAACUUGCGAUCAAUUCUAUCGCUGAUCCAAAUCCUGACCCAUUUGUUUUAUUAUCGGCAGCCGCUGAGAUUGCAGCGCUACAUAGAAGAAUGGAGGACACGUUAGGCGACUGCCCCUUUGCGAGUAGUCGAGCAUUACAAGACCCUGGUCAAUCGUCUCCCAAUUACGAUGAUACCGAUUUGGAAGACUCAGUCACGAGCUUGUUGCGCGAUGAAAAGGAUGAAACGAGCAGUUCGGAUAACGAUUCGGGCUCGGAAACAUCUUGUCCACGGGUGAUGGAGCGCCGUCGUCGAGAAAUGUUCGAAAUGCAACGGAAAAUGACUUUCCGUGGUCGCAUGUACAUCGGUAACCGCGAGACAUUCCGAGAACUGCGUGAGGACAUUUUAUGCCUUUGUAACGGAUUGACUUCGGCAUCUACAAGCAUCGCUCAAGUGUGUCGUCAGCGUGAAAUUUGCCGACCUCUUGGUGGAAACUCGAUGACUCCUGGAAUGAAGACCAGAAUCCUCAAUCAGUAA